AUGGCCAACUGGAUUGACUUGUUCUCGCUUUUCGCCACUAUCGCCGUGUUCGGCGGAAUCAUCUACGGCGUACUGUAUCUCGUGAACUCGGUUUCGCAAGGGGUCGCAUCAACCAAAGAAGCUCUGGCCAACAAAGGGCUCCACAUAUCGGAUAAGGGCGUAUCCGUGAAGACGUCGAAACGGUUUGACAGGGAGGAUUAUGUCGACGCGACGCAAAGGGGAUUCAUCAAAGCGAUGAACGCCGCAUCAUUUGGACACGCAUCCUCUUCUCCACAGAGCAUCGGACGAUCAGACUCCAACUCAAGCCUCAAGAAAAAGAACAGACACGAUUAG